CUUGUCUGUAAUUGCCAUCUUUCUUCUUAUCAUUAAAUCAUAAUAUCAACCUCAGCUCAUCAGAAGAACAGUAUAGGGCGGCUAUUGGGGAUUGAAUUGUGCAGUAGUGCACGUUCAUGAGAGCUUGGAUGCUGUGCCGCUAAUACUCAGUCCUCACUGUUUAGUGCCUUUGAUUUGCCCAUGGCUGUCUUUGUUAAACCUUCAUUCUGGCUAUUAGCCAUACACUAUGUCAUAGCGUUGUGUUUUAUAUCUUUCAGUGAUGCCAAGGAGCAUUCGUUCACUCAAGCUUCCGAUACUGCCACCAAGAGGGUGGCAAUAAUCGGAGCUGGAGCGGGAGGUUCUUCCACUGCAUUCUCUCUACGCAAAUAUGCAGAUGCGUCCCCAAUCCCAGUCAACAUCACCGUCUUCGAACGCAAUUCGUACGUGGGCGGUCGAUCAACAACAGUAAAUGUUCUAGACCAUCCGGCAUAUCCUGUGGAGCUAGGUGCAUCGAUCUUUGUCAAGGUCAACUACAACCUCAUGAACGCAUCCAAAGAGCUCGGUUUGUUUGUCGAUAGCGCCGACGCAGCCCGGCCGAAGGAAGCCGAUGAUAGUAUCGGCAUCUGGGACGGGAAGCAGUUUGUCUUCGUGCUGCAGAAUAAUAGUUGGUGGAACAUUCCUAAGCUGCUCUGGCGUUACGGCUGGGCACCCAUUCGGACCCAGAACUUGAUGAAGACCACAGUCAAUAAGUUCUUGAAACUCUAUGAAGAACCUAUGUUUCCGUUUAGGUCCCUGACUGCCGCUGCCGCCGCAGUUGGUUUGCUAGACUCGACUUCAACUCCUGGUGACGUUUUUCUUAAGGAGAAUAACAUAUCUCCUGACUUCUCUCGCGAUAUCAUACAAGCCAGCACACGAGUCAACUACGGGCAGAAUCUGGGUCUCAUACAUGGCCUCGAGUCCAUGGUGUGCAUGGCUACAGAAGGAGCAGUGUCUAUCAAGGGUGGAAAUUGGCAAAUUUUCCAUGGAAUGCUGAAGGGCGCGCAAGCCGACAUUCGACUCAGCCAUACAGUGACCUCCAUUCAUCGUAAUGCCGAUAACACAUUAACUCUAACUUACAAGGCCAACGACUCGAAGGAGCAGAAACUCGUUUUUGAUGAAGUAGUGAUUGCGGGUCCCUUGCAGCAUUCCGAGCUCUCAAUCACUCCUCCAGUUGAAAAGCAGCCAGAUGAGGUUCCGUUUGUAACACUCCAUGUGACCUUAUUCUCUUCACCACAUAAGCUCUCACCUAAAUUCUUUAACAUGCAUGAGGCCAAUGCCCAGACUCCCGAAACUAUUCUCACCACCCUCCCCAGCGGCCUGGAUCUGGGCUCCGAAAAGGCAGGAGUGGGUCCAACCGGUUUCUGGAGCAUCAGCACUCUCCGAACAGUGGAUCACCCUCUGGCAUCUCCAGGCCAGAAACCGUCGAAGCACUACGUCUAUAAGGUCUUCUCACCCGAGCGGCUAUCAGCUGACUUCGUGAGAAGCAUCUUGGGUCUGGAGAGCCCUUCUGAUCCUGUAAAGAACAACAAUUCGACUAUUGACGAUCUCUCCAAGCAGGAUAUCAGCUGGCAUCAUGAAAAGAUCUGGAAUCCUUACCCGUUCCUCUACCCACGAGUCACAUUCGAAGAAACACUCUUGUCCCCUAAUAUCUGGUACACUGGUGGGAUCGAGAGCUUCAUCUCUACGAUGGAAACGAGUGCGCUGAUGGGUAAGAAUGUCGCCACAUUGCUUUUCCAGUCAUGGCAGGAACAGAAAGAGGGAACUGUAGAGGAUGACCCGGUCGUGGACUUCGGGGAAAGGGUUGAGUUGUAGAUGGAGAUAAAUAUCGGCGGGCGUUAUGUUUUACUGCGCGUAUUAUUCGGGGUUUACUAAACGCCUGUGGCAUCAAUUGCACGUCGAUAUGAUGGCAUGACUGGUUUGUGCAUACAGUGCCUAAGCAUCUAGAGAUGAAUCGAGCUUGACGUCGCGAUAAAGCCCUAAGGGUGAAGUACUAGAAACCAUAACUAAAUGCUCUUGGUUCUCUGCAUCUGUCUGGAACUCAUGAACACCCAGUUCUAGG